AUGGCGCGCUUCGAGUUCGAGGUUUCUCCACCUCCCAAGCUUCCUGUGAUUCUUAUGAGGAUUAAUUUCGAUCACGCCAGCCACCUUGAAUCAAAUAGUGCUAAUAGUGGUAACCAUGCUGAUGACUCUUCAGAGUCCAGCUCAUCCUCUUUACUUACAGACGAAGAAAGUAUACACCCAGAAACUCCGGAAGAGUCGGGAGCUUUGGAAGUUCAGGUCCAGCAGGAAGAACCCGUGGUUAAUCCUGUUGGGCCAAGUGAGCAGCUUCAACAACGCCCCACUCAGGAGCUUCAACAACGCCCCACUCAGGAACCAAGAGUUCCUUCUCCCGCCAUAUCCGUUGUUGAUCAAACACAGGGAUUGAGGAUUCGCGAAUGGGAACGUGUGAAAAUUUUAGUCAAGGACACGCUUAGUGUAAAGCUCCCUUACAGCAGUCAGAAGAAAAAUGUAGAAAAGAUUUGUGCCGAGGUCCUUAGAGACCAAAGGUGGAGUGAACUCCUCCAAAACUACGAGAAUAACUGGCCCCUUUAUAGUGCAGUUAAAGUUGCGCUCAAGUCUGAACGUGAUAAAGCCGACAAAGCGUUGGCUUAG